GACGUCAUCCUGCUUCUAAGUGCUUUGGCACAGGAUUGGCAAGGUGAGGACUACGACAUCCUUCAUCGCAACUGUUGCCACUUCAGUGAUAUGCUCUGCAGACGCCUGGGAGUCGGUCCUAUACCUGACUGGAUCACGAAUUUGGCUGGCGCCGGCGCCCAGGUGUGGUCCGACCCGACAAACCCGGCUUCCCUUCGUCAGGAAACAGGGCUGCGGCAUGCUGUCUCAGGAGUGCGAGCAGCCGCCGUCAUCGCGGCAGCAAAGGCCGUGGAGCUGGAGCACGAGCUCGAGCUGGCCAUCAAGCAGACAGUCACUGAUGGAGCCACGCACCUGAUGGAGCUGGACCAGAGGUACGCGAUCAGUGAGUCGGCUUCGGAAAUCGCCUGCAAUGCAGGUGACAUGGUUCGAGCGGCCGCCGAUGCCGUCGAGCAGGUGAAUGAUGCUACGUCCACUGUGGUCCACAAGGUGACCGAGGCGGCCAUCCACCGCUCGGCGAACCUGGCCUGUGAUGCGAUGACACAGGUUGCCCGGGCUGCUCCGCCGAUCGACUCCUUGGGGUACAUGUGUCUCGGAACCCGGAAGCCAGGGCGGAAGAUCCGCUACUGA